AUGGCUGAGAGCUUCCAGGAGUUUUGUGGAGAUUCUGCUAUUUUUAAUGAGAGUUUACUUUUUGACAACUGGUGGCCCGAGUUCACGCCAUGUUUCCAGAACACUCUCCUUGUGUGGGUGCCAUGUGGGUGGCUGUGGCUGACCUUGCCCUUCUACCUGGGCUACAUGUGCACAGUCGACGAGCCGACGCCUCUCCGCAUCAAUAUCCUCAACACACUGAAAACGUUUUUCAGCAUCUUCCUCAGUUUCAUCUGCGUCGUGGAUGUCUUGAAGGCUGUGAGUGAUGGAGAGAAGGAGGAUGUUGUCACGGCUGUGUACGUCGCCAAAGGCUUGCAAGCUGGAACAUUUCUGCUGGCGGCCAUCUUGGUACAGCUUGAACGCAAGCGAGGCUUCAUCACAUCCGGAAUUCAGUUCAUAUUUUGGCUGUUGACAACAUUGGCAGGAGUGGUACCAUUCUAUAGUGGGAUCAUACAGCAGGAGUACAAUGACCACCUGUUCCGGUUCGCGCUGUUCUACGUGUACUAUGUGUUUGUGCUGGGUGGCCUGCUUCUCCACUGUUUUGCUGACAACCCAACACGACAGGGAUACUACCACAUGGGCACAGUUCUGUCACCGGAGACGAGAGCAUCCUUCCUCAGCAGAGUGACUUUCAACUGGAUCAACUCACUGCUGUUUAAAGGGUAUCGCAAAUCUCUGGAGGAGGAGGACCUGUUUGAGUUGCACCCGAGGGACAAGAGUGAGAGGGUUCUGCCCCAGUUUUGGACGGCUUGGGUGAAGGAAGUGAGGAAAGCACAGAGGAAGAACGAGGAAAAAGCCAGGUAUUCUGCAUCCACCCUCCACCACAACCUGAUGCAGGACGAGGGGGCGAAAGCCUCGGAGAAGACCCCCUUGUUGCAAGCAGCGCACAGCAGCCACAGUGAUGUCUCCUUCAAGGUCAAGGACAAGGUCAAGGACAAGGAUAAGCCUCCACAGGCCCAACCGUCCUUGUUUAAAGUCUUGCUGAAGACGUAUGGUCCAACACUCCUCAUCUCCCAUGUCUGGAAAGCUGUGUACGACUUACUGUCAUUUGUCAACCCAUUGCUCACGAAUGCGUUGAUUUCCUUCAUCGACAACCGAGCUACAGAGCAGGAGUGGAAGGGCUACGUCUACGCCUGCUCCUUCUUCGUGGUCGCCGUCACUCAGUCGUGUUUCUUCCACCAGCACUUCCACAUCAGCAUGACGCUGGGGAUGAGGAUCAAGUCUGCUGUCAUAUCAGCUGUCUACAAGAAGGCUCUGACCAUCAGCAGUGAUGCACGGAAAGAAUCCACCGUGGGAGAGAUCGUGAACCUGAUGUCCGUGGACUGCCAGCGCCUCCAGGAUGUCACCGGCUACUUGUACGUGAUCUGGUCAUCGCCAUUGCUCAUCGCUAUUGCCUUGUACAUGCUGUGGGGACUUCUGGGCCCCUCGGUGAUGGCAGGACUUGGGGUGAUGAUACUGCUGUUCCCGGUAAACGGCGUGAUGGCCGGCAAGCUGCGGAAGUACCAGCUCCAGCUGAUGAAGUUGAAGGAUGCAAGGAUCAAACUGAUGAGUGAAGUCCUCAACGGCAUGAAGGUGCUGAAGCUGUACGCCUGGGAGCUGUCCUUCCAGGAGAAGGUGCUGGUCAUCCGACGCCAGGAGUUGGCCCUGCUCAGGAAAGUAGCCUACUUCAACGCCGUCAUGUCCUUCUUCUGGACAUGUGCCCCCUAUCUUGUGACACUGGCGACAUUCGCUGCGUACAUCCUGUCCUCGACUGACAACGUGCUGGACGCACAGAAAGCCUUCGUGUCGCUGUCUCUCUUCAACAUUCUCCGGAUGCCCAUCAACGCCCUGCCAAUGAUCAUCCCGUACUAUAUUCAGGGCUGGGUAUCCGUCUCUCGUGUGUCCAAGUUUCUCCGGGCCAAGGAUCUGGAUGACUCGAACGUCCGCCAGGAUCCACACAGUGAUGCGGCUAUCAAGGUUGAGCAAGGGAAUUUCACUUGGGACAGAGAGCUGCCCAAACCUACCCUAAGGAAAAUGAACCUUGAGAUCCCUGAGGGAAAGCUGGUGGCCGUGGUGGGCCAGGUGGGGGCGGGGAAGUCCUCACUCAUCUCCGCCAUGCUGGGUGAGAUGGACAAACUCAGCGGCAGUGUCACAGUCAAGAGCUCCAUUGCAUAUGUGCCCCAAGAAGCGUGGAUCCAGAAUGCCACUCUGCGAGACAACAUCACCUUUGGGCAGGAACACAAUGAGAAGAAGUACAAGAAAAUUGUUGAGGCUUGUGCCUUGACCUCCGACCUCGAGAUAUUGCCUGGAAAAGAUAUGACAGAAAUAGGAGAGAAAGGCAUCAACCUCAGUGGGGGACAGAAGCAGCGUGUGUCCCUGGCUCGGGCCAUCUACAGUGACGCCGACAUCUACCUCCUGGAUGACCCUCUGAGCGCUGUCGACUCCCACGUGGGGAAACAUAUUUUCCAGGAAGUUGUCGGCCAUAAAGGAAUUCUGCGACACAAGACUCGACUGUUGGUGACCCAUGGUGUGCACUGGCUGCCAAUGACAGAUAUGGUCGUGGUGCUGGUGGAUGGUGAGAUCACGGAGAUGGGGACGUAUGACGAGCUCCUGAGUCACGACGGAGCCUUCGCCCAGUUCCUGAAGACCUACCUCACCCAGCACGAUGGCUCUGACGAGGAGGACGACCCUGAGAUCCAAGAGAUGAAGUCGAGGAUCCUUCAGAGGGUGGAGUCCGUUACGUCAGACGCUGUGACCUCAGGGGAUGAAGGGAUAAGGAAAAGCAAGUUGAACCGGAAGCUAUCAGUAGUAGCUGACGCAGGCAAGAAGUUGACAGACAAGCCCAAAGACACCGGGUCAGGAGACAAGCUGAUCCAAGAGGAGAAGUCGGAGACAGGCAGGGUGAAGUUCUCCGUGUUCAUGGACUACGCUAAAGCCAUCGGCGGCAUCACCACAUUCUUCAUCUUCUUCAUCUUCGCCAUAUACCAGGCGGCCACCAUGGCCUCCAACAUCUGGAUCAGCAUGUGGACGGACGACGCCCUGCUGAAAAACUUGAGUCUGGUUAACACUUCCGACUAUCAGAACAAGAACACCAUGUACCUCGGAGUCUACGGGGCCUUCGGAGUCGUCCAGGCUGUUGUCAUCCUCUUCUACUCCAUCCUGGCGUCGACGAGGAUGGUGCAGGCAGCGGGGAACAUCCACGCCAAGAUGCUGUACAACAUCCUCCGGUCUCCCAUGUCCUUCUUCGACACCACCCCCAUCGGCCGCAUCGUCAACCGCUUCUCUCGGGACGUGGAAACUGUGGACAACAACCUGCCUGGCGUCCUGCGAAUGUGGAUCAACUGUGUGUUCAGCGUGAUGGGCACCCUCAUCGUCAUCAGCUACAGCACCCCCAUCUUCCUGUCAGUCAUCAUUCCUCUUGCAAUACUCUACUAUCUGGUGCAGAGAUUCUACAUCGCGACGUCUCGUCAGCUGAAGCGACUGGAGUCCACCACUAGAUCCCCCAUCUAUUCCCAUUUCGGGGAGACGGUAACGGGCGCCUCGUCCAUACGGGCGUACAACGUCACCGACAGAUUCAUCCAGGAAUCCACACAGAGAGUGGACAAGAACUUGGUCUUCUACUUCGCAAGCCUGGCCUCCAACAGAUGGCUUGGGUUCCGCCUGGAGUUUCUAGGCAACACAAUAGUCCUGUUUGCUGCUCUGUUCUCUGUUAUUUCAAAAGAUCUGCCCAGUGGAAUUGUGGGUCUGUCUGUUUCAUAUGCUCUACAGAUCACCCAAGCCCUCAACUGGAUGGUCCGGAUGACCUCUGACCUCGAGACUAACAUCGUGUCUGUUGAGCGGAUGAAGGAGUACUCGGAGACACCAACAGAGGCUGACUGGAUUGACCCCUAUCGCCAACCCCCAAGGUCAUGGCCGGAUGAGGGCAAGGUCAAGUUUGACCACUACAUGACACGAUACAGAUCUGAACUUGACCUUGUGUUGAAGGGCAUCUCCUGUGACAUCAGUGGAGGGGAGAAGAUUGGCAUCGUUGGAAGAACUGGUGCUGGCAAGUCGUCGCUAACGGUGGCGCUGUUCCGCCUAAUUGAAGCUGCCGGAGGACGGAUCAUUGUCGAUGGCCGAGCUAUUGAUGACAUGGGUCUGCAUGACCUCAGGUCAAAACUGACUAUACUCCCGCAGGACCCUGUCAUCUUCUCUGGCACCCUGAGGAUGAACCUGGACCCCUUCGACAGCCACAUCGAUGAGGAUUUGUGGCAGGCAUUGGAGCACGCUCAUCUCAAGAAGUUUGUGACGGGGUUGCCUAGUCAGCUGGAGUACGAGUGUGGAGAAGGUGGACAAAACCUCAGUGUUGGGCAGAGGCAACUGGUGUGCCUGGCCCGGACGCUGCUCAGGAAAACCAAGAUUCUGGUCCUAGACGAAGCUACAGCAGCCGUUGACAUGGAGACCGAUGAUCUGAUCCAGACCACAAUCAAGACAGAGUUCAGGGACUCGACUGUCAUCACCAUCGCCCACCGUCUCAACACCAUCAUGGACUACGACAGAAUCCUGGUGCUGGACCAAGGGCUGGUCAAGGAGUUCGACACGCCGGCAGCUCUCCUGGCAGACAAACAAAGCGUCUUCUAUGGGAUGGCCAAAGAUGCCAACCUGGUGUAGAUCUCGCCAUUUGAUCUGCAGGACAAUGUUGAUCCAUCUUAUAGCAAAGUUGAUCCAUUUUAUAACAACAUUGAUCCAUUUUAUAACAACAUUGAUCUAUUUUAGAUAACAACAUUGAUCCAUGUUAUAACAACAGUCCAUUUUAAAACAACAUUGAUCCAAAAUUGAUCCAUGUUAUAACAAUAUUGAUCCAUGUUAUAACUAUGUUGAUCCUUGUUUUUACAAUGUUGAUCCAUGUUAUAACAACAUUGAUCUAUUUUAGAUAACAACAUUGAUCCACAUUAUAACAACAAUCCAUUUUAAGACAACAUUGAUCCAACAUUGAUCCAUGUUAUAACUGUUGAUCCUUGUUUUUACAAUUUUACAAUGUUGAUCCAUGUUAUAACAACAUUGAUCCAUUUUAUAACAACAUUGAUCUAUUUUAGAUAACAACAUUGAUCCACAUUAUAACAACAAUCCAUUUUAAGACAACAUUGAUCCAACAUUGAUCCAUGUUAUAACUGUUGAUCCUUGUUUUUACAAUUUUACAAUGUUGAUCCAUGUUAUAACAACAUUGAUCCAUUUUAUAACAACAUUGAUCUAUUUUAGAUAACAACAUUGAUCCACAUUAUAACAACAAUCCAUUUUAAGACAACAUUGAUCCAACAUUGAUCCAUGUUAUAACUGUUGAUCCUUGUUUUUACAAUUUUACAAUGUUGAUCCAUGUUAUAACAACAUUGAUCUAUUUUAGAUAACAACAUUGAUCCAUAUUAUAACAACAAUCCAUUUUAAAACAACAUUGAUCCAUGUUAUAACAACAUUGAUCCAUGUUAUAACUGUUGAUCCUUGUUUUUACAAUGUUGAUCCUUGUUUUUACAUCUUUGAUCACUUAUGGAUGUCUUUGAUCCAUGUGAGCACAAUUUUGAUCCAUCUAUGAACAUUUUAGUCUUUGAUAGAUCUGUGACACUUUCUCCCCUACAGCAGGUCAAGGCCUGGAGACUGUCUCUGGACGUCUCCAUGCUGUAUGCUGCCAGUGUAAUGUCUCUCAUUGUAAAGACGGGGGCAUGGGUGUGCAGAGUUGCGUCCCUUUGGCAUGCCAGAAUCCUAUGUUCGAAUCCCGGUUCGCCACGAUUUUGUUUCUAGGUUUGUCAGGGGGGCGCAGGUGGCCCAGUCGU